CGCUCGUCCUUUUGUAUUUAGCAAGUAACUGCGUUUUGUAUGACGUCAUUGGGACAAACUGUGUGGAAUAUUUAACGUCAACUUGGCGUACAUUUUUAAACCCAUCUAAUACGGACUAUUGACUGAUACCAAGGAGGAUAUGAACACCAUUCACUGGACACUGUUAAUCCAGGCAGUUUGGUACAGUUGUUGUCUUACUGAAAACAUCACACAAACGUCUGUGGACGGUCAAUGGAGUUCCUGGGAGAAGCGAAGUUCUGGUCACUGCAGCGUCACAUGUGGUUCGGGGUCAAACGACGUCACUUACACACGGUCAUGUCGUAAAAGAGAAAAUAAAUCACAACAAUGUGCCGGUGAAUCCAGAAAAACAGUUACAGUUCGGUGCAAUACAGGGGUGUAUUGUUCAGCAAAACUCUCUUCGGAAAAACUAGAUGAGUCAUCAGUACCUGAAACUGUUACAGGAAUAACGGUGGCUGCCCUUGGAUUGUUUUCUCUUUUAAUUGUUGUUCUUGUAAUCAGAACAAAGGGACAGACGGAGGAAGGCUUUCAGAUAUUAUCGAACAAGAAGAGGCUUAUAAAAGAGAUGUUAACAGGCUACAACAAUCCCGUUUUUAAGUCUGACGAUCCACUCAACCGUUCACCGAUUGUCACUACAAAACCGACUGUUAAAUUCAACUUGCAUAAGACACCUGUCAAAUAUUGACAUGUUUUAGGGUUUGGGGUUGGGUUUUUUACAUCCUAUAAGGUUCUUCAAGACACUGAUAUGCGGAAUGGGGCAGGUCCAUUCAUUGAGUAGUAUGCAUGUCUAAAACGAUGCGGUGGUGAUUAGUUCAACAGCCAAUAAAGAGACUACCCAGACAUUCGGCCUAAACAAAAUGCUAGACACCCGACCAUCAAAAAAAAAGAAGAGGUCAUACCUUCAUGUUUCUUCCAUUUAUUAUUAUUUCUUCUUCUUCGAUUUUUAAAAAUUAGUUUGCAGAUCAAAAGAGUAUAUUAUAACACAUAACAUGAUUUUAUUUGGACCUGUAGUGGUGAAUGAAGUGAAAAAAAGAAAGUAAGAAAGAAAAAGAAAAAAAGGACCAAAAACAAAAGAUUUUUAAAAAAUUAUUUAUUGAACCUUAUUCUUUUUGGCACGUUCCAUAAAAAAUACACAUUUCUUUUAGGCCUCUGUAACUCUGUAACUAGUUAUCAGCUAACACCAUUUAAUGAUUACAAUUAAAUCUUAAUUACAUUUUCUUGCUUUGAAUAUCAGUGUUGGUAUAGGAAAAGUUUUACUGGUCGUUCUGAUGUAGUUACUUCCUAAUAUAAUAUGCCGUUGUUGGUUUUCUGACACAAAUAUUAUGUACGAAAUUAUUAUGAGGUAAAAUAUCUUUUGAACUAAAUAUUAUUUGACCAAAACAGACAUUAUUGUGUAUACUAUUUGUCUAGUUUGGUUACAUUUCUCCUAGACAUCCGAUAGUCGAUGGCUAUUUUACACAAUCCAUGUGCUCGAUCAACUUUACAAACUUUAACAGACCAAAAAUACAUCGCCUACAGGUUGGUUGAGAACACGUUAAAAGCUACGUCCCUUCCAAAUAUUGUGUGUUGGUUUUGAAAACGAUUGCUAAGUGUUGUCGAGAUGGAUUUUGAAAACCUGUGUUGGGACUAACGAAGGUAAGGGCCCUUAGAGGCCUAUAAAUUUGGAUAUUAAAAAUAUAUUAUUAGAUUUGUAUGACAUAUCAAUAAACUGCUAUUUUAAAUUUU